CGUAGUAUGUACGUCCGCUUGAACUCAACGGAGCUGUUCGUGCACGAGAACGAGUUACCGGCAAUACUACAUUCAUACGGCGAGAUCCACGUCGCGAGUAAUUGGCCGCGACGAGAGUAAGAAAGGGCGACUAUUAAUAUUUGUGAGCGGAGCAGUUGAGAGCAGUCUAGAGGCAGCGAGGCAGCUAGCGGGUCUUGCUGUAGAAGAGGAAAAGAGAGAAAGAGAGCGUAGGACCUCACAUUGGAUUGUUUGCACGCAAGCACGCCGCUAAAUCGCUGUCGUGGCCAUGGGUAAGACGCCAAAGAAGGCGGCCCCUGGGGGUGAUGAGAGGAAUUUGUACGUUCGGAGGCUUAAGGCAACGACCGCGCCGUCGAGAGCUUCUGAAUCUAGCUUGCCCGAGAGACAGCGCGAGUACGAGAAUUUGAACAGGUUAAAAUUGGCUGGAAUACAGAAAAAAAUAACACCUGGACCAGGGAAAAAUUUUAAGAGUAAACUUCGCCCUCCAUCAAAAAUGGAACAUCAAACAAAGCAACACAAAAUACUAAUAAAAAAUCCAGAAGUAAAAAGUAUAGACAUGCAGUCACAAUCAGAAGAAUCUGAAGUCAAACUGAAUGUUUCAAUUCAGAAAGAAAAUGUUACAGAGGAGAACGGUAACAAUAAAGCUGCCGAAACUGAGAAAUUUAUUAUGAGCAAAGAACAUAUUGAUCAUACCUAUGAAAAGAUCUCAAAUGAGCUUCAAACUAUGAAAACUGUUGAGGCAGUAUUUGUUGCAGAGAAUAAAACUAUUCUUCAAGAAAAAGAAGGAGUCUUAUUAGAAGAUGUUGAUACUAAAACCAAAGAAGAACAAGAAGCAAAUGACAUUAAAUUAAUAUAUGAAGCAGAACCAAUUUCUUUAAGUAAUGAAAAAGAAAUAUCAGACGAUAAACAACCAAAGAACAAUGGACAGGGAGAAGAAUUACUUCUAGUACCAGUGGGAAUAAAAAACGGUGUAAAUGAGAAAGAAGAGAUGCAAAGCGAAGCUGCAACCAAUAAUGAAAGCUGCUCGGUUGAUAUUGUUGAAUCUACAACAUCAGAAAUAUCCGUAACAUCGGAAUCCAUUAUUCAGAGCGACACACAGAAGGAUAAAGAAAGUACUGAUGACACUAUAAAUGAUCCAUCAUUCAUUUCUUAUGAUUCAUCUAUAAUGUUAAAAGAUGUACAAAUUAGACUCAACGAUUGUCUGAAAGAUAAUUCGAAACUCUACGAUGUAAGCAAUACAGAAGAUAUAUCAAAUCAACUAUUAAAAGACCAGUCAUUUGGAAGGACGCUGAGAAACAUCUCAGGAAGACAUUCCAUCGGUCGAAUGCGACAUGUUACUUUACGUGAAAAUAGAAUAUCACCGAAUAGUUCUCUUUUCGUGAAUACUUCUUCUAUGUCUACACAGGAUGAAGGAAUAGAAUCUAAAGUCUUAUCUUAUGGUUUACUAUCCGACGAUUUCUCUACGAAUGGUAGCCCGUUAGACAGAAAACGCAGAAUUGAAACAGAAAAUUGGAGUUCGACGAAAAAGCAGAAAACGGAUGCAGAAAGUAGUAGCAUUUUCAAUACAUCUAUUAAUCUAUUAAAAGGUUUGCGUAUGCCUAGUAUGCAGGUAUCUACACCAAAAGCUACAUCUUAUAAAUUUGAAACUACCAAGUUAGACAAUAGCGGCAUAAAACAUGAUGACAAUAAAAUGAUGGCUGAACCAAUUGAGAGUACAAAGAAAUGGUGUGUCAUCAUGUAAACUAUCAUAACAGUCAAGGUGUCAUUAUACAGAAAAAA